AUGUUUUAAUGCAUGGUGUCAAGUUUAUGGUACUUUGUGACAAAUGGAGUUUCCUUAGUUUUGUAUUUUGUUUCUUUUCUUUGUACUCUCAACACUUUCACUCUUUCUCAUCUUCUUCACCCUUCUGAUCUUGCUGAUUCUUCAGGGUAUUGAAACUUUGAAACAUUGAUAGUGAUGUCUCUACCAAGGCUAGGAAUUAUAGGUGAUAAGGAAGAUGAAAACAAUCUUACUUUGUUGGAAAAAAGUUUGUGUUUGAAUGUUUCAAAACCAAAAGAGUUCAACUACAUGGGAUUAUCAUCAUCAUCAUCAUCUAAUUGUUCAUCAGUGGAUAGUCCAGUUCCAAAAAUUCAAUCUUUUUCUGAUGAGACUAAAAGUAAUUUGAAUCUUAAAGCUACUGAGCUUAGGUUGGGACUUCCAGGAUCACUGUCACCUGAAAGAGAUUCAUCAGAUCUUUUUUUGAGAAGUUCAAAUCAGUUUGAUGAAAAGCCUCUUUUUCCUUUGCAUCCUCAAAAAGAUGAUCAUCUUUUUGAAUCAAAGGCUGCUGUUUUAGGUAACAAAAGAGGGUUUUCUGAUGCCAUGGAUGUUUUCUCAGAGGGGAAAUUGAAGCCUAGCUCCAAAUUGCUAGAGAGUGUUGCGGCGCAGAAAGCAAAAGCCGAUGAAAUAGUAACAGUUAAGGUUGGUCUUGAGAGGCCUCAUGGUGUCGGUGAAAGCAGACCAAGUCUUAAUGGUUCUGUACAUAAUGGAAAUAGCAUUGCACCAGCUUCCAACAGGGCACAGGUUGUUGGUUGGCCUCCAAUAAGAUCAUUUAGGAAAAAUUCACUGACAACUGCUUCAAAGAACACCGAAGAGGUUGAUGGAAAAUUGGGAUCAGGAGGUGCCGUGUUUGUGAAGGUCAGCAUGGAUGGUGCUCCUUAUUUGAGAAAAGUAGACUUGAAGAAUUACGCCGCAUAUUCACAACUAUCAUCUGCUCUUGAGAAGAUGUUCAGCUGUUUCACCAUAGGUCAAUGUGAAUCUCAUGGAAAUCAGAUGCUGAAUGAAACCAAGUUGAGGGAUCUUCUUCAUGGGUCAGAAUAUGUUAUUACUUAUGAGGAUAAAGAUGGUGAUUGGAUGCUUGUGGGUGAUGUUCCUUGGGAGAUGUUUAUUGAUACAUGCAAAAGACUAAGAAUCAUGAAGAGCUCCGAUGCCAUUGGUCUAGCCCCUAGAGCAGUUGAAAAAAGUAAAAGCAGGAACUAAGCAGUAUCAAUAUAAUGGUCACACACACUAUCCAUCUAAUUGUCUAUGGUGUGAAAAUGAUUCUGUUUUUUUUUUUUUUUUUUUUUGUUUUCAGUAAGCUUAAUUGCUUUAGUAAGACAUGUUAGUGUGAAAUACUUAUAAUAUAUAUAUAUGUCCUAUUGUGAAGGAUUUAUUUAGUGUGUGAAAUAUUGAAUUGCAUUAUAUAUUGUGGUUUUGUGC